UUUCAACCAAGAUACUUUGCGUACAAGUAUUUUAUUAUCUGAGGAAAAGUCUUUCGAUAAAUUGACUGAUCGAAAGACGAGAAGUAUUGUGUACAUGAAUUAUGAACUAUUCAUUUAUCUCUUCUUGCGUUCUCUCUCUCAACAAACACCACGGACAUGUGGUUACUCGUCUGCCUUUACUUUUUGGGUUUCUUGUUCAAUUUUUCCAUAACCGAUGCGACUGAAAUUCACUACCUGAAUCACAGUUGUUCAAGCAACAAAACCUUCGCUCCAAACAGCGCCUACGAAUCCAACCUCCGAACCCUCCUUCCGUCCCUAUCUUCCCAUGCCACCACUGCACAAUUCUUCAACACCACUUCGGGUGGUGGAGACGGCAAGGAAACCAUUUACGCCUCCUUCAUGUGCCGUGGCGAUGUCACCAACCACACGUGCCAAGAGUGCAUCAGAACUGCAGCCCAAAAAAUAUCCCAAGUGUGUCCCAACUCCAAAGAAGCCUUAAUUUGGUACCACGAAUGUUUGGUUCGUUAUUCGAACCGUUGUUUUUUCUCCAGCUUGGAGGAGUGGCCAAGGUUCAACUUCAUCGAUUACAAUGUAACGAAUUCAACGAACGAGAAGGGAAGCUAUGGGUUCUGGUUGUUAUCGAAAACGUUGAGUGAUGCUGUGGGUGAGGCAGCGAACGCUGGUCCCGCGGGCACCAUGAAAUUUGCAACAAAAAACGCUACCGUGUUUGGGUCCCAGGAAAUUCAUACUCUGGUUCAGUGCACGCCAGAUCUAUCAAGCGAAGAUUGCAGUGAGUGUUUGGGUGAUAUUAUGAAAGAUAUUUCUUUGUGUUGUCUCGGAAGGAUCGGUGGAAUGGUUCUAUAUCCCAGCUGUACUUUGAUGUUUGGGUCCAGACAUUUCUACAGAGACGUUAUCGUUGCUUCUAAUGCCACACAAGAAUCAUUAACUUCAGGAAAUAAAAUGAUUUCAGCUGGAGGAAUUGUUACGGUUGUCAUCUUUCUUGGCUUCACAAUGCUAAUCUCUUUUCACUGUUAUUUCUUAUGGAGAAGAGCAAGAAAGCGCAAGUAUAAGGUUCUUUUGAAAGAAAACUUUGGUCAAGAAAGUGUCACUAUAGAAGGAUUACAAUUUGAUUUGGUCACAAUUCAAGCGGCAACAAAUAAUUUUUCAAAUGAAAACAAGAUUGGAAAAGGUGGAUUUGGAGAAGUUUACAAGGGCAUCUUAUCUUGUGGACUACAUAUAGCAGUAAAAAGAUUAUCACAAAGUUCUACACAAGGUUCCAUUGAAUUUAAGAAUGAGGUUUUAUUAAUAGCCAAACUGCAACACAGAAACCUCGUGGAGCUAAUAGGUUUUUGUCUAGAGGCACAAGAAAAGAUACUUGUAUACAAAUUCAUGCACAAUGGGAGUCUUGAUAAAUUUCUAUUUGGUUUGAUGCUUCAUCUUACACUCUUGAAAUUUAGCAUUUCUUUCAUACAGUAUAUGAGGCUUUUAAAUAUUUGUUUGCCAACUUUCCUCAUUCACUUAGUAAACAUUGCAGGUCAUCAACAAAAAAUGUUGAGUUGGUCCCAACGUUUCAAAAUUAUAGAAGGAAUUGCUCGAGGAAUUCUUUAUCUACAUGAACAUUCUCGACUUAAAGUUAUACAUCGUGAUAUCAAACCUAGUAAUAUUUUGUUAGAUGAAAAUAUGAAUCCUAAAAUAUCAGAUUUCGGUAUGGCUAGAAUUAUGGAAAUAGACCAAGAUCGUGCAAAGACCAGACGUAUAGUUGGAACAUAUGGUUAUAUGUCACCAGAAUAUGCAAUGUUUGGACAAUUUUCUGAAAAAUCAGAUGUUUUUAGUUUUGGAGUUAUGAUUUUAGAGAUUAUUACAGGAAAAAAGAACACAAGUUCUCGUGAAUCACGUUACAUGCCAAAUGGACUCAUGAGCUAUGUUUGGAGAAAAUGGAUGGACAAAACACCAUUGAGCAUAUUAGACCCAUUGUUGGAAGAAAAUUAUUCUAGAGUUGAAGUAAUUAGGUGUAUUCAUAUUAGUUUAUUAUGUGUUCAAGAAAAUAAAAAUAUUAGACCUACAAUAGCAGAUAUUGUUUCAUAUCUCGAUGGUCGCCACACGAUUGAAUUUCCAUUUCCACAAGAACCAGCAUAUUUGUUGUUGGACAAGAUGGAUACAAAAAUAGUCUCAAAACACUAUUCUAUUAAUGAGAUGUCCGUCAGUACAUUUUAUGCUCGAUAAUAAGUUAAUUCAACAUUUUGAUAACAUUUUU